UCUACCAAAAAACUUCUGCAACUGAAUAUGUCGACUACCAUAUUUAAUAGAAUUUUGGACUUUAUGAAAGAUGAACCAGUAAAGCAUAUUACAGCAGGAUCGGUAAUUUAUAAAGGCACGGAAGAAGACCAAACAAUAUCAAAAGAUGAACUCUUAAAGUUGACGAUUGACGCAAUUCGGUCCAUGAAAAAUAUUGCUGGCGAAGAUUCCGAACGCUUUAAAAAGAUUUCCAAUAUUCCUUUAGAGCCUACAAGUACAAGUUACAAUUUCGAACGUAGUGAAGGGUGUUUCGACUCUGUGGAGUUAGGUUUAGAUAGGUUAUCGUCCUUGUGGCGGCCGAACAAGGAUGGUAACUUUACGAUAUUUCUGAUAGCGCGCGUAAAUCGGUCUACGUGGUAUCAAGGCGUUGAAGACGUAGAAAAGUUGUCACCGAAACAGUAUCAAAAUUUUAUGAAACCAGCACGUAAUAUGGCCACCACACUCACAGACUCGAUCCAGGAUAAAUGCCAUGAGUUCGUAUCAAGGUUUUCAGAAAAAUAUACUGAUGACUUAUAUAUAAAACUUAUGCAUAAUGGGAAAUGGAAAGAGUCGGAUGAAACCCUAAUAGGAGUUACACAGGAUAUUCUUGAUGUAGUGGCCGAUGUUUGGAUGAAUCCAGCAUUUGGACCGGAACUUAUGAAAACACAAAGUGAGGGAACGUAUGUAACAGAUGUAAUAAUCCCAUCGAUUCGGGCAUCAUUGAAAGGGCUACCAUAUAGGCAAUCUGCAUUUAUCAGCACCGCGGAGCGACAAAGCAUUGCCAGUGCAGAUAGGAAAGGGGAUGGAUAUUUUGGAAAACGACCAGAUUUCAUGUAUUUACAAAAACGGGAGGGUAAGAUAUUUGAGCUUGUAUUUGGGUGUAAACCUGAAGAAGAUCAAUUUGGCAUUGUGGGGAUUCAAGUCGCAGGGACCGAAAUCCAGUUAAAUGUACAGUCACCCUAA